AGCGGCGCCGAGACCCCAAGCCCUAGGAGAGGAGAAGGAGGAGGAGGAGGAGGAGAUCGACCCCUCAUCAGCAGUUUUCCUCUGCCACACACCUCCCCCUUUUCCCCACCCUCUGGCCUCAGCGGCGCACUGGCGGGGGCCGGAGAGGGCAGGCGACGCGGGAAGGCGGCUCUCCCAGCAUGGACGAGCCAUGUGUAUCCUAAGGAAUAACAGCAGCUGCUGCGCCCACGAUGGGGAGCAGAGGAAUGCGAGGAGGAGAGGGGUCGCUGGGGCAGAAUCAAAGAACCUGUCUGUGAAAUCGUCAUGAAUGAGAAGAAAGUAAUACAGUACUGGAUGUGCCUGUUUGCUGCCACUGUUUAGAGAGCAAAUGAUGCCUUAUGGGGAAUCACUCGAAAGGAGUGAAUGAGAUGAACCGUUUGGGUUAUACUAUCUGAAAGGCUAAAUUAUUCUCUUGGAGAGACGUUCUAAAUGAGCCUGACCGAGAUCUUGGAUCUGUGUGAAGAGGACUAAGGAUAUAGGAUGUCAACUGAGACAGAACUUCAAGUGGCUGUGAAAACCAGCACAAAGAAAGACUCCAAAAAGAAAGGUCAGGAUCGCAGCGAAGCCACUUUAAUAAAGAGGUUUAAAGGUGACGGUGUCCGAUACAAAGCCAAGCUAAUUGGGAUAGAUGAGGUUUCUGCCGCACGAGGAGACAAGUUAUGCCAAGACUCCAUGAUGAAGCUCAAGGGAAUCGUUGCCGCGGCUCGUUCGAAAGGAGAGCAUAAACAAAAGAUCUUCUUAACAGUUUCCUUUGGGGGAAUCAAAAUCUUUGAUGAAAAGACAGGGCUACUCCAGCACCACCAUGCAGUUCACGAGAUUUCAUACAUCGCGAAAGAUAUCACAGACCAUCGAGCGUUUGGAUACGUGUGUGGAAAAGAGGGGAAUCAUAGAUUUGUGGCAAUAAAAACAGCCCAGGCAGCUGAACCUGUAAUUCUGGACUUGAGAGACCUGUUUCAGCUCAUCUAUGAACUGAAACAAAGGGAAGAAAUGGAAAAAAAGGCACAAAAGGACAAGCAGUGUGAACAGGCGGUAUACCAGACAAUUUUGGAAGAAGAUGUAGAAGAUCCUGUAUACCAGUACAUUGUGUUUGAGGCUGGACACGAGCCAAUCCGUGAGCCUGAAAUGGAAGAAAACAUUUAUCAGGUUCCUACCAGCCAAAAGAAGGAAGGUGUUUAUGAUGUGCCAAAAAGUCAACCUGUAAGUCUGCAGAAUGGAAACUUAUUGCUGGACAUUGAUGAAAAUCUUGUUUCAGUCACUCAGGCUGUUACCCAACUAGAGCUUUUUGGGGACAUGUCCACUCCUCCUGAUGUAACCUCUCCCCCAACUCCUGCUACUCCAGGUGAUGCCUUUAUCCCAUCUUCAUCCCAGUCACUUCCUGCUAGUACAGACAUGUUUGGUUCUGUACCUUUCAGCACUGCUGCCGUACCCUCAGGUUAUGUUGCCAUGGGAGCUGUUCUGCCCUCAUUCUGGGGGCAGCAACCACUUGUUCAACAGCAGCUGGCCAUGGGUGCUCAGCCUCCAGUCGCUCAGGUGAUGCAGGGAGGACAGCCGAUCACGUGGGGCCAACCUGGUAUUUUUCCUCCUACUCAGCAACCGUGGCCAUCUGUAGCUGGUCAGUUCCAACCAACUGCCUUCAUGCCAACACAAACUGUUUUGCCUUUACAAGCAGCCAUGUUUCAAGGUACCAUUGCUCCUAUAGCUACCGUUCCACCCACAAGUGAUUCCAACAGAUCGAGUCCACAGACAGACAGGCCCAGACAGAAAAUGGGAAAAGAAAUGUUUAAAGAUUUCCAGAUGGCUCAGCCUCCACCAGUGCCAUCAAGAAAACCAGAUCAGCCUUCCCUCAGUUGUACCUCAGAGGCCUUCUCAAGUUACUUUAACAAAGUUGGGAUGGCACAGGAAGCAGAUGAUUGUGAUGACUUUGACAUCUCUCAGUUAAAUUUGACUCCUGUGACUUCCACAACACCAUCUACAAACUCACCUCCAACCCCUGCUCCCAGACAGAGUUCUCCAUCAAAAUCAUCAGCAUCUCAUACCAGUGAUCCUGCUGCAGAUGACCUCUUUGAAGAGGGGUUUGAAAGCCCAAGCAAAAGUGAGGAGCAAGAGGCUCCUGAUGGGUCUCAGGCCUCAUCCAACAGUGAUCCAUUUGGUGAGCCAACUGGUGAUACUAUAAGUCCACAGGUCGGUAGCUAGAUAGCGCAGGUUGGGGAAGCAGAACCUCUCUACGCCCAGAUCAACAGACCUAAGAAAUAGCAUUGUUACAGGCUUGUGGUGCUCCAAGACUCAAACGAAACCCAACAACCUGGCAGGCCUUUGGCUUCCAUGCUUUGUUCUGAUUGAUUUUGUCUGACAAGGAGACCUGAUUGCCCUCCUGGGACUGGCUCUACGAGCAUUACUGACAUUUUCUUUUUGGCAACCAAUGGCAGAUUCCUGUGGCAGCACAAAAUGAAAGCUCUCCCUGCUUUUACCAGCCCCAUCCCUACAAGUCAUGGGUAUCCAGACUAGGAAACUGUAACUCCGCGGUCUUCUUUCAAACGUUCAUCAUCUUCCAUGUGCCACAUCUAAAUAAGGAGCAUCUGAAGUUUAGUGAGCAUUGGACAUCCUUUUUCUUUAGAGCAAAGAGCAGAGUCUGUCUGUAGCAGUGGCAUCAUCAUUCAACAGCCUUUUUUUGGGGCACGCGUCAGCACUUUUUAUGUCACGGCGACAUUUGUAUCAUCAUUUACAUCAGGCUGAUCCUGCCUUUUCUUUCCCUCCCUCCCCUCCUGCAGACAUAUUUAAACAACAACAACAAAAAUACUGUGAGUGUCCUUUUUUUUU